AUGGGGGCCGCAUCACUGCCGGAGUUGGAGCUUUGCAGACUCGAUUGCGAUUGCCUCGACUUGGAUCAAGUCUGCAGCGCCGCCCAUAUCCUUCUCCAGAGGCACCCGGACGCGAAGCUGGUCAGGUACUACGUGGAGCAUCGAGAGGAGAUCUUGGCGGAAACUGGCGCCCCACGGGCGAGUGCCAAGGAGCUCUUCAACCAGAUCUUCUUUGGGGGCGGGGAGCACAUCUUGGCGGAGUUUGCCGCGCACUAUGGCGUCCCUGGCUUUGCCAGGCAGCUGGUGGCGGAGAUGCGGAUUCUGCGAAAGAAGGAUGAGGCCGCCUACAACCCGCAGAUGCAGAUGUUCAGGACUAGGUUCCCUGGAGCCUCACUGCAGGCGUACUUGCACCAGCUCAAGGAGCGGGAGAUUUCAGAGGCGGUGGCGAAGGCUGUCGCGGUCACAGGGGUCGCGACCAUUGCGAGCUGGGAGCACGACGGAGUCGUCUUCGUGCCUUGUGGCCGUCACAGGGGAUCCAAGGCUUGGCGGGAGACCGCACUCGCCGCAGCCAGAGAAGCUGCGGCGCCCUUCCCUAUCGCGGAGAAGCAGUACAGGACCAAGGAGGAGCUCUACCGCAGCCUGCGCCACACGCUCCUGUGGGAUGUGCGCGACCCGGACUGGUUUGAGGACAAGCUGCGCCGCGUCCAGCUGGGCGGCUACUCGUACGGAUGCUGUACAGGCCGCCGCUACCUGAUGAUCCCGGAAUUGGACCACAAGACCAAGGUCCAAAGCACCACGUUCAAAGACUUCAGGGACCCAGCUUCCACGGUUUCCGCAAGAACCUUGCACGGCGACAUUGUUCCGUUCAAGGUGUCCUGGGGGAUGGUCCUCUGUACCAACACAAAGGUUUCUUUCACCACGGACGUCACGGAAGACGGAGGGGUGGAGAGAUCCGUCGCUGUCGUCAGGAAAGGCCCUCCAUUGGCCCCUCAUGAGCGCCCAGUGGACACGGCUUUCAAGAGCCCGAAGAUGGCCGAGAAGAUGGCGCCGGGGUUGUGCUACCUGCUCUUUCAGGUCUUCAAGGUCUUCGGCGACGUCCAGGGGCCAGCCGGUGCCGGACGAGGUCGGGCGGUGGACACGAUGCUGCACCCGCAGCCUUAUGCUGUGGUGCGGGAGACCCAGCUAUUCCUCAACACGGCCGCUGAUGUGCCCACGACCGAGAUUUUCUUGCGGUCCUACACCAUCCAGCCAAACAGCAGCCAGGCCAGCGCUGCGGCGGCGACGGCUCCCAGGAACGCCAACUCCGUCGAGGUCGAGGAGUCGGUCUCCGUGACGGACCUCGACUCGCUGGCCCUGACGGGCUCGGCCACGCUGGACGGGCUCACCGCGCAGGGCAACGUGGGCUGCGACCAGCUGCUGUGCAACGACGUGAACUGCACGGACGUGUUCACGACGGGCGUGGACGCCUCGGGCGCAGCUGACGUGGGGGAGCUGCUGCAGCUCUUCGACUCCGUGGAGGCCAAGCAGUACAAGCAGCGCAACCUCGACGUGAUGCAGGCCAUGGCCUUCAAGGCGCUGAAGGCCGACGUGGGCCGACAGGAGGUGACGGGGGACGACGAGAACUUCGUGGUCACGACAGACCUGGGCAACGAGUUCGCCACGCUGGGCCGGGAGCUGCCCGAGGAAGCCGUGCACCGGACGAAGCGCCCCGAGGACCGCAACGCCACGGCCGUGGUGGACCGGGGCAUCCAGACGCUGAAGAAGGACGUGGAGAAGCAGCCGGCCACCGAGUUCCGGCUGCUGCAGGACAACGCCGACAAGUUCCAGCACAACAAGGACCUCACGGACCGGCGCAUCAAGGCCGUGGAGGGCCGGGAGACCCUGCUGAAGCUGGCGCUGCCGGCGCCCCAGGGCAGCGGCAACGCGGCGGGCCGACUGACGAGGCGGCCCAGAAGCGAUUCGGGCCGCUGA